AUGUUAUUCCAGGACAAGUUGCUCAACAAGCUCGAGGAAAAUGACCCGGAAUUAGCGACAUCUCCUGAAGAAGAAUGCGUGAUUUGCGUGAACGCGAAGGCGACCAUGCAGACGUCGCCGUGCGGCCACCGCGUGGUCUGCAGACGGUGCUUCGUGAAGACCAUCCAGAUGGCGGUGAGCCAGCGUUUGCUGCCGCUGCGCUGCGUCAUAUGCCGCGCGAAGAUACUGCGGCUGAGACCGGCCCCGCGUCUGGUCACCAGCAAGAGUUGGCAGGUGUCGAGUACAGGCAACAAAUCGUGGGGAGUGCCCGGAUCGGUGUCCAGCUACUCUGUGGGCGCCAGGUCAGUGCCAGCCUCGGCAUCCCUGUACUCCGUCACCAGCGGAGAAUCUUGCAUAUCCGGCGUGUCUUCCAUCUCAUCGAAUAGUGGUGUUCACGUAAACAACAGUUGCACAACGAAGCUUUGUGGUGGUGCGAAGUGUGGUGGUGCGUGCCUCGGCGCAAUACCACGACAGCCCCCAACCUCCGCGCCGCCGAAACCCCGACAACCGGCUUCGAAAUCUUUGAGACGAUCCCAACACCACAGCAUGAAGGUUCGACUCCAAGAAUAUCAAAUGCACAGUUACACCGGUGGACCUUCCGGAGAGCCAUCCGGCCGACUUCCGCCUAUCAGAGAAUUCCAGAGAGAGUUCCGCGAAGGAAGACGAGAAAGCGCAGCCCCCUCCUGUGCGUCUACUAGAAUAAGGUGUGCCCAAAAAAUAGUGACGCAGCUAGAAACAUCGCCACAGAAGGACAAACCACAUUUCUUCCGGCCUCUAAAGCCAACAAAUCAAGACGAUCCCCCUAAUUCUAGAGAUCAUAGCAAAGAGACUGAUACGAAAACAGAUAACCCCAAAAGUAAGCCCAAAAAGGAAGAUAAGAAAAAGAAGGAAGAAGAAACCACCAAGGCAGCUGAAAAAAGCAAGAGAGAUGAAAGUAGUGAUACCAAGAAAAAUGAAGUUGCCGAGAGAAAAAAGGAGGAAAAGCUAAGACUUAAAGCAGAAAAAGAAGCCAAAAAAGAAGCUAAACUUCAAGCUAAGGAAGAAGAAAGACAAGCCAAAUUAUUGGCGAAGGAGGAGGAAAGACAAGCUAAAUUAUUAGCUAAAGAAGAAAAGAAAAAAGCAAAAAAAGAAGCUAAGUUAGCAGCACAAGCCGAAAAAGAAAAAGCCAAG